CCAAAGUCGAAGUCACCAUCGAAGACAACUUGGAAGUCAUCGUCCAAGUCAUCGUCUAGGUACAGGACAAAGGAAGAGGAUCCCCUGUCCCACGUAGGCCUUUUGCUGAGCGGAAGAUAUUCUCUGGUUUCUUCCUUGGGCGGAAAAGGUUUCCGGGGCGACUUUGUUGGAAAGCUUGAAUUCACCGUUAAGUAAAUCUUAACCAGCACAGCAGCAAUGGAGGACGCCCAACUGUACGUCUCGGCCAACGCCCUUCAACGACGCGAUGCCCUUGUGGUGCUUACAGAAUACCUGCCGCAGAUGGCGUGGCAGGAGGAGGGCGAGAACAUCCUGGACAUUGGUUGUGGUUCGGGUGACGUCACGAGGAACCUGCUGAUGCCCCUGCUGCCUCGCGUCGAGCAGGUAACUGGCGUGGACAUCUCGCAGGAAAUGGUGAGCUUCGCAUCCAAGACCUUCCAGCAUAACACCCUCGCUUUCCGUCAGCUCGACAUCGAGAGGACCGUCCAGCCGCGCCAGACCUUCCCCGACGGCUUCUCCAAGGUAUUUUCGUUUUACUGCCUGCACUGGGUCAAGGACCAGCCCCGCUGCCUCAACAACAUCUACCAGCUCCUGCAGCCCGGAGGCGAGGCCCUGCUGGUGUUCCUGGCCCACAACCCGCUCUUCUCCAUGUACCAGAACAUGAGCGAGAAGAUCGAAUGGAAUAAGUACAUGCAGGAUGUGAGUAACUUCAUCCCGGCCUACCAGUACAAGAGCGACCCCGCCCAGUGCAUGGCUGACGUCGCCGAGGAAGCAGGUUUCGAGAUCAUUUCCUGCGAAGCUCCUCAGUUCGAGUUUGUUUUCGAGAACAUCAAUUACCUGAAGAACGCCAUCAAGGCCGUGAACCCUUUUCUGAAGCGGAUCCCGACGGAGAGCCAAGACGCCUUCCUCAUGGACUGCCUCAACGAACUCGCCAAGCUUAAGACGCAGCAGGAAGACGGCAAGACGGUGGCCAGGUACAACCUUAUGAUCGCUCACCUCCUUCGUCCGGAGUGAGAGGGCGGGCUGGGGAGAGAGGGGAGGGAAAUGUGUGUCUGUGAGAGAGGGAGGGAGGGUGAGAGAGAGAGAGAGAGAGAGAG